CGCUCAGGCAGCGGAGUCACACGCUGAUCCAUCAUCGCCUUGUUUGCUCGGCUGCUGCUGGAGGUUCACCUAGGCUCUGACCCGCGCAUGCCCACAGCCUCGCUCCUCCUCUCCGAGAGAUCCCCAUAGUAACGCGCGGAGGAGAGCAGCUUAGCAACACGGAGACUGGAGAGGGAGCAUCUCUGCUCCAGACAGCGCGGUGCCGUCAACAUUAGGUACACACAGAGGGUGGUGAGGAAACAACAGCAGCAGAGCCCCGGAUCUACCCGCUCCUACAGCUCGUGUGUGUGUCACCUUGUGUCUGAACUCCUGAUCUACAUCACUGUUCUUCACGGUCACCAUGAAGUUCGCAGUGGUGCUCGUGGGAGCGGGCACUCUGGCCUUCCUCGGUGCGGUCAUCUGCAUCAUUGCCAGCGUUUAUCCGCGCAAACGCGCCGCUCUCGUCAGCGAUAACGGAACCCUGACGUCGGAGUCGCUGCUCCAGCCUCUGGAGCCGGGGUCGGUGGCUCACGCCGGGCCGCUGGGCGCUCUGCACGGCGCGGAGUCGUACGAUGGUGGAAACGGACUCGGCGGCAUCGGCGUGGAGGUUCCCACUCUGAACGAGCUCAACCUUGGGGAGGAGACUGGUGGAGGGCCGGCGAAGCAGUUCAGCUUCAGCCGACUCAUCUGCACUCCUGUGCCGGUGGGAGAGUGCAAGACUAAAGACCUGAGGCAGCGGAGGGACCACCAGCAGCAGCAGGCGGACGAUCCGCUCUACGGCAGAGGGGAUGAAGACAUGCGGACCACCGCGGAGGAACUCCGGCAGAUGGUCCUGCAGCAGAACGACCAGAUCCUCAUGGACCAGAGGACCAUAAGGGAGCUGACCGGGAAGCUCAGCGAGUGCGAGAGCGGCCUGGAGGACGAGCGGAGCAUCCCGGAGCGCAGCAUCGGGGUCUGGAGCGGGAACCGCCGCGUCAUGGCCGGGGAUGAUGUGACCUCAUCCGCCGCGGCACAGCUGCAGACGGCGCGGGCCGUGGAGGAGCUGGCCCGGGCAAUCAUGGAGCUGAAGGAUCGCAUUGAGAAACUGGAGGCAGAGAUAGGCCCUGCUGCUUUGAACCUCACAGACACAUCUGUGGGUGUAAAUAGUGGCGGCAGCAGCAGCGGCAGCGGCAGCAGCACAGCUGGUAACACCGGCAAGGCUCCAGCUCCGCCUUCCAGCAGUACUUCCUCCCUAUCUGCAGGGUCUGCCCCAGGGGGCCGCCGUCCUGCUUCCCCAGGCUCCUCUGCCUCCAGGCCUCCUGCUAAGGGUCCCCCUGGGCGUGGAAAGAGCACCUGGAGGGUGGAGGACCUGGAAGGGGAGCUGGAAAGGAAGAUAAAGAUGCUAGAGAAGGAGAGACAGGCCAUGAGGAAGGAGACUCAGGGCCAGCAUGAGAAGAUCAACAAGGGCAUCGACAACGUCAGCCACCGUGUCACCGAGCUGGAACACACGAUGACGGAGCCACCGUUCCCUGACGGCUUUGUCAUCUCCUUCCCUAUGCGGACCAACUACAUGUACGGCCUGGUCAGGAAAGAGAUUACUGAGAUGUAUGCCUUCACUGCCUGCCUAUGGCUCAAAGCCAAAGAGGGUGGCAUUGGGACCCCCUUCUCCUACUCUGUGCCGGGGCAGCCCAAUGAGCUGGUUCUGUUACAGGGAGUCCACAAUCCCGUGGAGCUGCUUAUCAACGACAAGGUGGCGCAGCUGCCCCUGUCCCUGCCACAGGAUGAGUGGCAGCACAUCUGUGUCAGCUGGACUCUCAGAGAUGGGGUUUGGAAGGCCUACCAGGGUGGGAAGAUGAAGGGACGAGGGGAGGGACUGGCGGCCUGGCACCCAAUCAAACCUGGGGGAGUCCUCAUUCUGGGACAGGAGCAGGACACACUGGGUGGACGUUUUGAUGCCUCCCAGGCUCUGGUCGGGGAGCUCUCUCAGUUUAACCUGUGGGACCGGGUGUUGAAGCCAGCCGAGGUGGCCGCCGUGGCCGACUGCAGCUCCUCGGCCCUGGGCAACAUCGCGCCCUGGACCGACCACGACGUAGAUGUCUACGGCGGCGCCACCAAGGAGUCCCUGGACCCGUGCCACGCCGCCCAGAGAUCCAACCCCUCUGGCCCCAAACAGUGAAGAAUGACUGGGAGAGGGCAGCCAUGCUUGAGAGGUCAAUUUAGGAGUGAAUUGAAGAGUCUAAAGAGUUUUUAUCCAAGUUGGAGCAUCCAGUAUAAUUUGCUUGUUGGGGGUUGGUAAGCUUACUACCAGUGGACUAUUAAAUUGUCAAGCGUGGUGUAUCUGUUCUGUUCUUUGUGUUGGUGUCCACGCUCAUGUGUUUACUUCUGCAGUGAGAUACAGUGAGUUUAGUCACAGAAUCACCUUAGUGAAGGCUUGCAUGGGUCAAUCAACCUCUGGCGUGAACGUGUUUAAACGGAGACUCUGCAUUGAUAGAGUGGAAUCUGUGGUUUAGAUGGUAAUCUCUUGGGCCAGUCAGCCAUACGAGAUUAUUCCUGCAGGUUUCAGUGCAGUCAUGGAAAGAACCUUUAACGAUGCCACAUCUAAGGGUUUCUCCAUUGUUGUUUUUUUGCAACACAGUGACACAAAAUUCCAUCUUUUCUUCAUCCCGUGUCCAGCUGGUUGUGUUAUGAUGCUACAGCUGAUUUCUGACAUGCUCUAGUGGUCAUAUCUAUUUUUAUUACUCAAUGGGGAAACUGAGUUUGGUCCGUUUUUAACUGUAUAUGAUCCUGUCGAGUAAAGUCUGUGUGCUUUUCGGUUUUUCUAUAUUGCAUACCACGAUUCGGUAAACCAGUGGACUUAUAAAUGUAUAAUGUGUAAUGUACUUCUGCUAAUGUUGCUCUGUAUCAGUCUGCUCCUCCCCGCCCCAUGCCUGCUGUAGCCUCUCGUGCAUCUCACAGCCCAGCAAAGUGAAGUUGCAGCGUUUUUCUUUUCUUAUUGUUUGCAGCUUAGAUAAAAGAGCGCUCUCAGCAGACCCCUGAAAUAAAACGUCAUGUCUAACUAAGCACCACUAAGAGAACUGGUAUUACGAUAUAACUGUGGUAUCACUGAAUGUAAAUCAGAUGAAAUGUAAAUGUUUUGUUUUGUUUUUUUGGUGAAAAUUACAGUGUACGUAUUCCACACUGCCCCACUCUACACAUGUUUUUAUUAAAUCCUCACAGACUGAGGGGGAGGGCAUGAGGUGGACUGAUUCCAUGAUGGCCAUUUUGUACUUAACAGCUGGCUCUGUGCAGAAAACACAACCUGAAGGGAAGACUGUGCUUCCACUGAGUGACAGUAAAGUCAAACUACUGGUCAAACUACUGCCACCUUUUAAGUAACCUGAAGAACUACAAGCCAAACAAAUAGAUAGUAAAAUCAUCAAGCCUUUAGAUUACAUUAGAUUGUUGGCAUUUUUUAUUGAUAGUUAUGCACCAUGGAAGCAUUUGAGUCCCGUUUUUUACAUUUAAU